GAUUAAUUGACAACGACAUCAAUUUCAAUUCAUAUUUGAUUCAUUAUUAUACAUCUUUUGGUAUCUUACUUGAACAAUGGGUGUCUCUCACUUCAUAUCCAAUGAUGGUACUCAUAUCUUCUAUAAUGAUAAACUUCAAAAGUACCUUUUUUUGGAUCAUAAUGGUGUGUCUGAGGUCACUGACACGUUACCAACAAUUUAUAGCAAAUUAACUUUAUCAACCACGACUUAUGCUUGUAUUAUUGGGGUUAUUAGAUUGAAAAUCAAUAAAUAUAUCAUUGUUGCUGAUAAACAUACUGUUACUGGUAAUAUAUUGGGUAAUGAUAUUGCAAAGAUCGAUACGUUCAAGAUUAUUCCUUUAAGUAAUAGCUUAAAGAAGAGUAGUGAAGAAACUACUUAUUUAGACUUAUUAAAUCAACAUUUAACCAAUGCUACGUUGUAUUAUUCUGUCGAUAACAAGUAUGAUUUAACAAACUCAUUACAAAGACAAUAUACUGUUGAGAAUUUAGAAUAUGAUAGAAGAUUUUGGUGGAAUUCAUACUUAUCAGAAGAAUUAAUUCAAAAUAAUGCUCAAAGCUUUGUUACUCCCAUCAUUUAUGGUUAUUUCAAAUCUCAUUCUGCUUCAUUCAAUGGUCCAAACCAUCCAUUAGAUUUUGCUGUAUUAACUCGUCGUUCAGUUAGAAGAGCCGGUACCAGAUACUUCCGUCGUGGGAUUGAUUCAGAAGGUAAUGUGGCUAAUUUCAAUGAAACAGAACAAAUAUUUACUUCUAAAGAUAAACAUAUUUAUUCCUUCUUACAAACUAGAGGUUCAGUCCCUGUUUAUUGGUCAGAAAUUAAUAAUUUAAAAUAUAAACCAAAUUUAGUCAUUGGAUCUCAAACAUCAAUUGAUGCAACCUCGAAACAUUUUGAUGAACAAACCAAGCUUUAUGGAGAAAAUUAUCUUGUUAAUUUAGUUAAUCAAUCCGGUUAUGAAAAACCAGUUAAAGAUAGUUAUGAAACUAUUGUUGAGAAUUUACCACCCCAAAUUGCUUCUAAAGUUCAUUAUAUCUACUUUGAUUUCCAUCAUGAAUGUAGAAAGAUGAGAUGGGAUAGAAUCAAAUUAUUAUUAGAACGUUUAAUCAGUUUAGGUUAUACUAGUGAUAACUUUUUCCAUUAUGAUUUAAAUUCAUCCAAAAUCAUCCAUUUACAAAAUAAAGUGGUUAGAACAAAUUGUAUGGAUUGUUUAGAUAGAACCAAUGUGGUUCAAUCAACUAUUGCUCGUUGGGUUUUACAAAAUAUUUUCACUCAAACUGGUUAUUUACCUCAAGAAAACUUAACUCCAUGGGAACUUCUUGAUCCUCAUUUCAAUUUAUUCUUUCAAGAUUUUUGGGCUGAUAAUGCUGAUGCUGUUUCAUGUGCUUAUUCAGGUACUGGUGCUUUAAAGACUGAUUUUACAAGAACUGGUAGAAGAACUAAAAGAGGGGCUUUGGCUGAUUUACAAAAUUCCAUCACAAGAUAUAUUAAAAACAAUUAUAGAGAUGGUGCAAGACAAGAUUCUUAUGAUUUAUUCUUAGGAGAAUAUAAACCAUAUCAAGAUUCUUUAACUUCACCAUUCAUUGAUAAAAGACCACCAUACGUUCAAUUACUUCCUUAUCUUAUGGGUACUUCCUUAUUGGUGUUAUUAGCUAUCUUAUUAUAUCCAAGAGGUUCCAUAACUAGUCUUAAUAAUUUGAUAAUUAUCGGUGGAUGUAUCUUUUUCAACUUAAGAAGUAUUGCCUAUGUUAAUAGAGAUGGAUAUCAGUUUGUUAACUGGCCAAAAUUAUUACCAAUUGAUUCACUUAAGAAAGUUGAUGUGUUUGGUAGUGAUGGUAAAGUUCUUGGUAUUAAAUACGAAGAACAAGAAAAUUACAAAUCAAUUGGUAAAAAACAAAACUAAAUUAUUUUUUAUUUCGUCAAUAUUAAUAUAUUAAUCACUUCAGAAUUGUGUUAGAUUUUAUAAAAAUAUACGUUACUUCUUACGUAUUGUAAACUUAAGAUUGAUAUUGUAGAUAUCGUAAACUUUUGAUCGAUUUAUAACCCGCAGCUGGUGAGGAAAAAAAAAAAAAAA